AAUAAUAAUCAGUAGAAUGUAUAAAAUCAUUAGUCAUGUUUUUUUCCCUCGUUCGAACACGACUCCGCUCGAUAAAAAACGCGAGUCUUGCAAUAUUAACCGAUGCGAAAGUAAGAACACGGAUUUGCGUGUCAUUGUAAAAUAUGUGUUGACUACACUGAUACUAAUUUAUUCCUUAGUAUUACAAGUUGUAGCUUUACGAAACGAGGCCCUGACAGCAAUCGAGAUAAUGCAGCCAGUAACGACAGUCGCUAUCGCGACUAGACUCCUCGGUCUCCAAGGUGAGCACGCGGGAUUUGCUCAUUUUAAAUUAGUUCGUCAUCGUGCACGGAAAACAGUCAAAUCAUUCGCUCGACUAUCCUUAACAAGUAAGAAGCAAAAAGGUUCUCAACAAAUAAGGAUAAGAUUUCCCUUCCGUCGAGCAAGGCUGAAAACAGCUGGUGAACCAGUCACUCGGGAACUCAGCCUGACGGAACGUUGAGUCGUAAUCCCUGCAUUCAGGAUGGAAUCCCGAUUCAAGUCCAACGCCACGCACACGGCCGGACGGCACGCAAAGACGCGUGUAUACUCGCGGCACGCAAGACGAUACGACAUACGACAUUUUUGCAAAAAUUGGACCGACUCUCUCGCGCGGCGACGUGUAUACUUUACUCCUUUCCAUAAUGAUCGGACGAUCGCACCGCCAUUUCAGGCGACUCUUACCUCUGCAUCGAGACCUCGCGUGGAAAUGGUAGGACGUUUCGUUGACGUCUUCGUCGGCUCGAAGAGGACUUAGGCGCAGGAGUCUCGGUG